CCGUCCUCAGCGAGAACCUGAGUUGUUUUCGAUGCGAGUCCGCAGUGGCAACAUUUGUUUGAUUCCAGUGUCAUCUUCGAAGAUGAUGCCGAUGUACGGUCGGGCGUACAACGUCAAACACGAUGGACAGAGCAAGAAAAUCAUCUAUUGGACUUUCGCUUCCGCUGUCGAUCCGGCGGUGCAGGUUGCUCGAGUCUGGGUCUUCGCUCCCUCGUCGGAAGAAACGGAUGCGCAAUUCCGCAGCAUGACGCCAAUUAUG